AUGGACCAGAAUACUCCUUGUUAUUCCUUUAUCGGCAUAGUCGAUUUCUCCCAAGAGGCAAAGUGGCUCUACAUGACAGACUCUGUCGUCGACCUCUUGGGAUAUGAACCACAUGAACUCUAUGGCCACCCCUCGCUCGAGCUCGUACACCCAGAUGAAGUGAACCGAGUUCGCAAACUGCACCACGACACCAUCAAAGCCGACAAGGCUGCAGUCCUCGUCUACCUCCGUAUGAAGCACAAGGAUCCUUACAAGGGCUAUGUUUUAUGUGGUGUUUCACGCACGGUUGUCCACAAUGUCCUUGUCGGCAGCGUCUCCUUUGCGAGUCCUGGCGCCAAAGCCCUUCACAAUGCGUCCACAGCCCAAGAAAUAACUGUUAUAAGCCCCGCAGCAGAGAACUUUCAAUUCCGCCGAUGGAAUGACCCUUCACCAAUGCCGCCCUCUCCGCCCCCUUUCUCCACCCCGCCCUCAACUCCCGCCGACCCGAUAUCCUAUGACCACCUCCCAUCCCAGUCCUUCCGUACUGCCCUCAUCCUCAACCGCUUCUCCCUACGUUGCACCAUCCAAUACUGUUCCAAUGACCUCCUCAUCGAGAGCACCGAAGCUAUCGGCAGGAGCUUCUUUGACUACGUCGCGAGAAAGGACGAGGCCAUCGUCACCAGCUGGAUCGACGUUAUCAAGACCUGGGGCGUCAACGAACGUGGUCAGCCCAGUGACGGUGGAUUUGGCUUCGGCAAGUUUGCACUGCUGGCCGAGGCCAGAGAGUCCGAGCCUCGACAAGAACCACCGAAUGCGUCAAGACAUCAUAAACACGGAGCGAAUAAAUCUCGCUCGUCGAAACGGAGCAGCCAAACGCCGAGAAAGUCUUUACAUCAACCACUAGAAGCGAUGCAGGGCACAAUCUCUGUGGACGCUAUUUUCUCUGCUCAUUCAGACGGAUUGAUGGUCAUCCUCAGAAGGGCAUCGUAAAGGUCAUUUUUGUAUACUGUAUUAUUACCUAGAUCUUGCCAACCUAUACCUAUAUGUAUCUCCUUCCCUUCCUUUUCCCAUGUUGCAGAUUCAGAAUCUAUGUUGGCCCUGAUCAGUUACCACGGAACCUUUUUCCACUUAGAUAAGAGCGAUCUAGUGC